AUAAACCCACCUAAACGCAAAUCGCAUGCUCAAGAACUCUCACUUUCUCACUUUUUCGCAAACGCAAAAUAUUCCCAUCACAGAACUUGGCAACCGACUCCACCCGAGGAAGAAAAUCAUCUGCGUUGUUAUGGAAACUUGAAAUAUUUAAAAUCCGAGUUUAGAGGUUGUCAAGGGUGGUGGAGCGUUUGGAGUGUUGUCAAGAAACCUGGAAACAAUUAGCAAAAAAAUCCCCAUAGAAACCUGAAAAAUGUCUUCACUCCCGAAAAUAUCGAUGAACAAGACGAUCUACGACAGAUACAUGUCACUCCCCUUGGAUCAGAACUUGGCGCAAUUGACGUACAUUUGGAUUGAUGGCACAGGCGAAUACGUCCGCGCAAAAACUAGGACGCACUAUUCCGUGCCCAAAUCGGCGGAGGAACUCCCCAUCUGGAACUACGACGGUUCCUCCACGUACCAAGCGGAAGGCUCAAAUUCCGACGUGUAUCUCCACCCUGUCGCCCUGUACAAGGACCCAUUUCUCCAAGGCAACCACAAGCUCGUCCUCUGCGAGACUUACAAGUACAACAAGAAACCCACGGAAACCAACCAUCGCCACUCCUGCGUGGACGCCAUGAACAAAGCGAAAGAGCUGCACCCUUGGUUCGGCAUGGAACAGGAGUAUUCGCUGUUGGAUCGGGAUUUGCAUCCUUUUGGGUGGCCGAAAUCCGGGUUUCCUGGGCCUCAGGGGCCGUAUUAUUGCGGGGUGGGGGCGAAUAAGGUCUUUGCCAGGGAUGUCGUGGAGGCGCAUUAUCGAGCCUGCCUCUACUCUGGGAUCCGCAUCUGCGGGACGAAUGCGGAGGUGAUGCCAGCGCAGUGGGAGUAUCAGGUCGGGCCCUCCGAGGGCAUCGACAUGGGGGACGAGCUCUGGAUGUCGCGAUACAUUCUGCACCGCGUCGCUGAGGACUUCGGGGUGGUCGUCAGCUUGGAUCCUAAGCCCAUUCCGGGAGAUUGGAACGGCGCCGGUUGCCACACCAAUUUUUCAACAGAGGCAAUGCGGGGUGAGAACGGAAUAAUCGACAUCGAAAAGGCGAUCGACCGUCUGUCCCGCCACCACCUGCGCCACAUCAAAGCCUACGACCCAAAAGAGGGCAAGGACAACGAACGGAGGCUCACAGGGCAUCAUGAGACGAGUUCGAUCCACGACUUUUCCGCUGGAGUGGCGAACCGCGGCUGCUCGAUCCGAAUCCCGCGCAGCGUUGCCGAGGAACGAAAAGGUUAUUUGGAGGAUAGGAGACCCUCCUCGAAUUGUGACCCCUACAGGGUCACAGAGGUCAUCGUCAGGACCACGUGUUUAGAAGAGUGAAUUUUGCGCGCGCGCUAGUUUUGAAUUUUUUUCCCGCUUGAUUUUUCGAAUUUUUCCCGCCAAUUUCCUCAAAUAUUGUAAAAUUGAAUUAAGAGUUAAUAAAUAUUAAAAAUUUGAA